UGCUUCACGCAUCCACGCAUCCACGCAUCCACCCAUCCACGCCGAGACAACAUCCCCUUCACCCAUUCACCCAUCCACCCAUCCACCCACCACCCACCCACAACGUGCCCAGUGCACAGCGGAGACCCAGUGCACCCACCACUACCAGUGCCACCCGGCAGUCUGUCGCCCGUGUAUAAGACUUAAGCUUGCCCAGCCCGCUGCACUCCGUUCUUGGUUCUGCUCAUCAGUCUUAUCAUCGUCUUGCAAGCUUGAUCCAGCUUGAUUCGGGGAGAAAAGACAGGAGAAGAGAUCUACAUACAGAUCUGUCGCUACGAUUCGACAACUCACUUCCAUCACGCAAUACCUGCUUCAUCACCCCAGUCCACUACACAUCAUGUCUGACGCCGCACCCGUCCCGCAAUGCUCUAGCGGAAACGACUAUGACGGACGCAUGGGCCUGCGCAUCUCCUCCAUCUUCGUCAUCCUUUUUGGAUCCAUGAUGGGUGCGCUCUUCCCCGUCCUCGCCGCCCGCUCAAAGUGCUUGAAAAUCCCUAAAUCCGCAUUCUUCGUCGCCAAAUACUUCGGCUCGGGUGUCAUCAUCGCUACAGCCUUCAUUCACCUCCUCGCCCCCGCCCACGACGCCCUAACCAACGAAUGCCUUACCGGCCCCAUUACCAAGUACAGUUGGGUCGAAGGCAUCGUCCUCAUGACUAUCUUCGUCAUGUUCUUCGUCGAGCUAAUGACCAUGCGCUUCGACUUCUUUGGCAGCAACAAGCCCGGCGCAAAGUCCCGCGCCCAGGACCCCGAGGGUGCGCGCCCUCCUGCCAUUCCCAUCACCGCCGUGCCUACCAACCACAGUAGUGAUCUGAAACCCCCCACCCCCGACCCCGCCGCCGCUGUCAUGCCCGCUCUCAACUCCUCGUCGUCUUCUCAAACGCAGAAACACGACGCGGACCCCAACGCCGCCUCCCAACCCUUCCCAACCCGCUCUCAGGAAUUCUCAUACCCCACCGGCGGCACCGACAACCUCUCGCAUGGGCAGCACCACUCAUCCGAGGAGCACAUCGCCGCGCAGCUAACGUCCAUCUUCAUCCUUGAGUUCGGUGUCGUAUUUCACUCCAUCUUCAUCGGUCUCACGCUCGCCGUGGCAGGACAGGAGUUCGUGGUGUUGUAUAUCGUGCUCGUGUUCCAUCAAACCUUCGAAGGUCUUGGUCUCGGUUCCCGUCUAGCAACGACGCCGUGGUCGGCGGACAAAGAAUGGCUUCCCUGGCUCUUAGGUGCCUUAUACGGUAUCUCCACACCCCUUUCCAUCGCGGUGGGGUUGGGCGUGAGAAAGAGUCUGAGCACAAAUGGCCGCGCGAUGCUCCUUGUCAACGGGAUUUUCGACUCCAUCUCCGCGGGUAUCCUCAUCUACACGGGCCUGGUGGAGUUGAUGGCGAAUGAAUUCAUGUUUAACCAGGAGAUGCGGGGUAGUAGCCUCAAAGUCGUCCUAGCGGCGUUUGGAUGCAUGGUCAUUGGUGCCGGGCUGAUGGCUGUGUUGGGGAAGUGGGCGUAGACGGACGACUGCUUUUCUUGUUUGCCUGUCCCCGAUCUGACUUCUCUGUGCAUGUUCUGCGUCAUUCUUGUCGAGCCUUUAUACUGAGCCGACAGAUUCUGUGUGUUUUAAUGGGUUUAGCGUUUGACGAGGAAACUUUUGGAAUGGAUGGAUGGAAAGAUGGCGAGGAUAGUGGUGGUGUGUGCGGUUGUAUAUAGAACGUAGAAGUACCCCUCCCGCGCUGGAUGCCAGGAAAAUAAAGAAUGACCCUUC